UUCCGAAAACGCUUCAGUCGUCGUUGAUCCUUCUACCAAGAAGGACUGAGGACUCCGCAGCAACACCAGUCACCCUUACCUCCAAGUCACUGUAUAUCAGUAUAAGUCAAGUAAACGGCGUUAUGGCAACCACCUCGCCGACAACAGCAGCUGCACCAGACGUGAUGGGCGAGGCUGAGGCAGCGGCGGUCCAUUUCACUCCGCUGGACUAUACGGUGUUCGUUCUCCUGCUGGUAGCGUCACUUGUCAUCGGGAUAGUAAGUGCCUUCAAGAAUCGCUACAAUGAGUCCACCCAACAGUACCUGGUGGGGGAUAGAAAGAUGUCCCCGGUGGCCGUUGGUCUGUCUCUACUGGGUGGCUGGGUGUCUGCUGUAUCCAUUUUAGGAAAUGCCACGGAGGUGUACUUUUACGGAACACAGCUGGUGACGUCCUUGCUGGGCUGCAUUCCUGCAGCCAUCCUGGUAGGGAAAGUGAUUCUGCCACUUCUCUACGAACUGAGGAUCAUCUCCAUUAACGAAUACAUCGAGCUGAGGUACGGCUCUGCCGCCCUUCGCAAGCUGAUGACUCUCUGUGUGCUGCUCAUGAAUUACUUCUAUAUGGGAGUGUGCCUGUACGCCCCGUCCCUCGCCCUCACCACCGUCACCAGCCUCCCCAGCUGGGCCGCCACGCUCAUCAUGGGAUCUGUCUGCACCUUCUACAUCACCAUCGGCGGCGUGAAGGCAGUGGUGUACACGGACGUGAUGCAGACACUACUUAUGUUUGGCGGUGUGCUGGCCGUGGUUAUCACGUGCUGCCAGGAUCUGGGAGGCUUUGGCAAUGUGUGGACCAUCGCCCAACGAGGAGGAAGGAUAAGCUUCUUCGACAUGAACACGAGCAUAUUCGAGCGGCACACUUUCCUCUCCACCUUCGUGCUCGGUUUCUAUAUUUUUCUGAACACCGUGGGACUUAAUUCUACCAUGUUCCAGCGCUUCGCCUCCGUCAGCACAGUGCAGACAGCCGUCAGACUGAACGUGUUUUUCCUGUUCGGAAUGGCGGGCCUGUGGAUCAUUUUUUUCCUAUCAGGACUCGUCGCCUACGCCUCCUACGCUGACUGUGAUCCCCUCACCGCUGGUCUGAUCCAGAAGCCAGACCAGAUCAUUCCCUUCCUGGUGACAGACAGACUGUCGCGUUUCAGUGGCCUGGUGGGCAUCUUUGUGGCAGCCGUGUACAGCGGCGUCCUCAGCACUAUCUCUAGCUGUGCCAACUCAGUGGCCUGCGUGUUCUGGGAAGACUUCCUCAAACCACAUCCCUACUUCAGAGCGUUCUCAGAUGCUAAGGCGACCAACGUUGUUAAGCUUAUCUCGGCAGUGUCCGGGGUGGUGGCCAUCCUGCUGGGACUGCUGGUGGAGGAGAUGGGCAACAUAUUCGUGGUGGCGUACAGUGUGUGUGGCGCUGUCAUCGGUCCCAUGACAGGGGUGUACCUCAGCGGGAUGUGCACCCCAUGGGUCAAUACCGUGGGUGCCACAAUAGGGUUUUUCGCAUCCCUUAUCUUCAACUUGUGGAUUGUGAUUGGAAAAUUAGUACGGGGCGGAGGUUCCCCCAGUACGCUGCCGCUCUCCACUGCUGGCUGCGUCGUCCCCCUUACCAAUGCCAGCCUGCAUGAUGUCCCGCCCACCACCUCCUAUGUCACCACCCUUCUCAACACCACGACCACGGCUGCAGCAAACGAGACGCUGGAUGGAGCGGCAGUCUAUGACAUAUCCUACUGCUACAUAGGUAUUGCUGGUGUGGUAAUUACGAUGGUGGUGAGCACGCUGACCUCACUGCUGACAGGCCCGACGAGGCCCGAUAGCCUGAGAAAGGGAGUAGUCAGCCCCACGUGCCUCAAGGCGUACACGUGGGUGUGGUCGCGUCUGCAUGAACACCAGGAUGACGACAAGAGGAAAGAGGUUCGGCAUUUGAGUGUAUAAGACGGACCAUCUCCAAUGACACAGCAGCUCAGUGCACGACAAAGAUCUCGCAAGUGCCAACUGAAGAGUUGGUCCAGACACCAGACGACGCACCAUGCUGGCUGAGGCGUUCUGGCGGGGACAGGGUGGGAUUGCAGGUCACGUCUUUGCAUUGCCUGCUGACGUGUUACUGUGUGAUUUAAGUUAAUUAUAAAUUAUGUUAAUUACAGUAAUAGGUAAAAUACUUUCAGUUCUGUUUUCAAUGUAUUAACUACUCAAAUACAAUCAUCUACAAACA